AUUCGAUAAAAAACCAAUUUCAGACAGGUGUGUAUAUUUUUUUCAGUAUUUUUUAUUUUUUAAAUCAUAUAAUUAAAAAUUCCAGAGUGACGUCACUUUCACUUGUUGGAACGAGUGACACCAUGUUAUGACAGUUAAUCAACGUGAAAAAAACAACAAAAAAAAAAUUAAUUUCACACUAAUAAAACUAUUAAUAUUGUCAAAAUGGAGCCAGGUCAAUUAGCAAGAGUACUGACUGAUUUUUUUACAACAAUUGAUGGUGAAUUAAGUCUCACAAAAGGCGAUUAUUUUCUGCUUAUAAGUGUCGUUGAUAAAAUUUGGUGUUAUGGAGAGUCAAGGAAUAAACGUGGUAAAUUUCCAUCAAAUCAUCUACACCGAGUUGAUACUCCAAAUUUAAAUGAUGAUGAAAAUUUAUUUAUAUCAAUUGCUCCAUUCAAGGGUGAGCAAGAAGGUGAUUUAAUUUUUGAUCAAGGUGAAUUUAUUAUUGGACAACAAGAAAUUGAGCCUGGCUGGUGGUCUGGUUAUAUUGAUGAAAGAAGUGGUGUAUUUCCAAUGUCUCAUGUAUGGUUAAUUGACAAAACUAUUCUCAAGAAAUCAGGAAAUAAAAAAAUAGUAAGAAAAAAAGUAAAAGUUAAAACAUCAUUAAAAGCACAACUUGAUGAAGAGCUUGAUUUAACAGAAGGUGAUAUUGUAACAGUCAUUGAAAUAUUAGAUGAUGGUUGGGUACGUGGUGUCACAUCAGAUGGUAGAACUGGAACUUUUCCUGAAGCCUUUGUUGAAUAUAUAAAUGACAAUAUAGAUUAUGUAGAUCAAGCUGCAGCAUUGCCUACAGCUUCAGUUCCAAAUACAUCAAAUUAUCAAUUACCAAUUUAUAAUAAAUGGAUUGAAUCAUCAAGUCAUGAUGCUUUUGAAGAAGCAGCUCCAUCAUAUGAUGAUUUAUUUCCAGAUACAAAAAAAACUAAUGACAAUAUAGUAUCAAAAAAAAAUGAUAACCCUAGCUUACAUUCACUUGAUGUUAAACCAUAUGCAAUAACACUUUAUCCAUUCAAAGCACAGUAUCAAGAUGAAUUAAAUUUUGAAGCCAAUGAAAUAGUUGAGUUGACUAGACACAUUGAUUUAGAUUGGGUUGAAGGAAUAAUUGAAAAUAAAAAAGGAAUGCUUCCAACGUCAUACGUUAAAAUUAUUGUUGAUUGUAGUGAAGAAAAUAGAAUUGAUUCAAAUAUCAAAGAUGAACAUGAUGAAUCAAUAAAAAAUUAUAUAAAUUUAGAAGAUGAAAGUAGAGUUAAAGUUGCAUAUACAUUUGAUGCACAAAUGAAAGAAGAUUUGAGUGUUAAAGAAGGUGAAAUUGUAACAAUUGUUAAAACAAUAAAUGAAGGAUGGGUAAGUGUAAAAAAUGAAAAUGGAGAAAUUGGUUUAUGUCCAAGAGGAUAUCUUUCUGAUGACACACAUGAUGAUCCAAUUGAUGAUUUUGUUGUACUAAGAAAUGAUGAAAAAAUAAUUAAUAGUCAAGCAAAAAGAAUUUCUAUUCAACCACAUAGACCAGCUCCACCAACACCAGCACCUGGUUCAAUUCCAUUACAAAAAUUAACAAUAAAUGAAAAAAGUCAAUUACAUGAUGAAGAUUUAAACAAACUAAAUGACAAUGUAAAUGAAGAUGAAAUAAAUUUACAAAAAAGAUUUGAAAAACGACAAAAUGUUAUAAGUGAAUUAGUCAUAACAGAAAAAGAAUAUGUUAGAGAUUUAAAAGUAACAUAUGAAACAUUUAAUUUAUAUGAUCCAAGUAAAUUAGAGACACGUGGUAUUGAUGUAUCAAUAUUAUUUGGUAAUAUAUUAGAUGUUAUUCAUGUUGCUGAAGAUUUAUUGGAUUCAAUGUUGAAAGCAAUGAAAGGAAAAGAUGAAAGUCAACAAAUGAUUGCACCUUGUUUUUUAAAUAUGAGUGAAAGAUUAAAAACAAUUUAUAAAAAAUACUGUGGUAAUCAUGAGGCAGCAUUGAGUUUAUUAAAAAAAUAUGAAGAUAAUAAAGAAAUAAUGACGUUAUUUGAUAAAGGUAUUGAAACACUUCGUCAUCAAGUUGCCUGCUUUGACAUGAGUUCAAUAUUAAUUAAACCGGUACAAAGAAUUCUCAAGUAUCCAUUGAUGCUUUAUGAAUUAGUUAAAUGUACAGAAGAAAAUCAUCCUGAUAGAGAAAACAUUGAAGAAGCAUGGAAAGUCAUGACUGCAGUUGCAUCAUAUAUCAAUGAAUACAAACGUCGAACAGAUAUUAUAUCAAAAUAUCUUGAUAGUGAUAAUACUCUUAUGAGUAAAAUGUCAAAAUUAAAUAUGCAUUCUGUUACUAAAAAAUCAAGUAGAUUUAGUGCAAAAUUAUCAGCAAGUUUUGGCCUAACAAAUAUACCACCAGAUCCAGUAUUUGAUGAACUUGAAAAACAAUUUAAAAUUCUUGAAAAAACAACUGAACAAUUACAUUAUGAUGUUGAACAAUGUAUGAGUUGUUUGCAUGAAGAAACAGUAUGUAGUGAAGUAUUAUCAGAUUUUUUAAAUCAAUAUCAUCAUGGUGUAUGUGAUAAUGAAAUUAGAAAAUUUCAUGAUAAAAUAAUUUUAGAACCAUUACCACAACCAAGACAACAAUUAUCACAACAAUAUAGUAAUGAUAUUGUCGAUUAUCCUUCAAACAGUAUUGAUUAUUCAAUCAAAGAAGAAAUUAAAAAUGAUUUAAUAAAUCUUGAUUCUCCAGUUAAAGAAAAAAAUAAUCCACCACAAUUUUCACAAUCACAUUUAUAUGGUAAUCUUGAUCCACUUGUUGAUGAUGAUUGUGAAGCAUCAUCAGUCAACAAUCAACAACAACGUUAUGCUAAUUUUGAAAAUGAAUUUUAUGUUGUUGCCUAUACAUUUGAUGGAACAAUACCUGGAACACUUGCUAUUAAAAAAGGCCAAAUGGUAAAAUUAAUAAAGCCACAUGAUGAAAAAGGCAACGAUGACUGGUGGUUGAUGGAAGACAGACAUGGCUCGUCUGGAUAUGUUCCAAAAAAUUAUGUUAAAUUAUACUCCAAACCUUAAUUAUUAUUUAUUAAUAAUCGUUAUUUCAUUAUUUUAUUUAAUCGAGCUUCUUCACAUUUUUAU